ACAAGGGGGAGUGCUCUAUCUCGACAAUAGCAGGCGAUCUCUGAUUAUGGGAGAAGAGUAAUCCCUAUCGCUGCCGAUUUGCCAGCUUCACCGACACUGGAAGCUAUCUCUUCACCAGAGAAGAUUGAAUUCAGUGGCUUCAAUGCCUUUGACAGCGUCUACAAUGUUCGCAGUAACUGCUGUGCGCGAUUAGCUACAGAUGUGGAAACGCUGGAUUAAAAAUAGGGUAUUUGGCUUUUGUGGUACCUUUCAGAUAGCUACUUAGCCGGCCACUGUUAGCAUAUGAAGCUGUAUAUGAAUGCGUUAUUAUGCAAAAGGAAGAUUUAUUUUUAAGCUAUGAUACAUGCUUUCUUUCGCUCUUCUUGUCGCGUGAAAUCACAUCCAUGCAACAUUAAUUGCCUUGCUUGCUUGUUAGCUAGCUAGUUAGCCAGCCAUAUCUAUUUAAUGUCCAUAGGGGACGAUAAAGAAAGGAAUCUGGGGUCGCAUCAUUUUUUAGUCGACAGAAAGUUCUUUUUACUUCCGAGUACAGGUUGAAAACUCUGUCAAUGGCUUCACAUUCGAGAGUAUCUAUUCUGGAUUACUUUAACAUUGUCUUUGAGGGGGAAAAUGGAAAGAUUGAAUCGAAUUGCAAGGCUUGUGGAACCAGGAUUCAGGCGAAACGGUCAGUAACGUCCAACUUCGUUACGCAUCUGAAGCGCAAGCAUCAGGCCAUGUAUGAUGAGUUUGUGAAGAAGAAGGAUGUGAAGAGGGAGGCCUGUGCUUCAGGGACGGUCCAGCAGUUGCAUGGAGGGGGGCGCUCUGAGGCCGCUAGGUCGUCUCACGUUGGCGGCGUUGUGGCCAAGUUUGACCGAAACGACCCCCGUCAGUUGCUUAUCACAGAGGCCAUUGCCAAAAUGAUCAUCCGGGAUCUGCAGGCGGUGCAGAUCGUUGAGAACGAGGGCUUUAGGGAGCUGCUGCAGUUGCUGGAGCCCCGGUACACCCCAGAAACCUGCCUCUACAUCCAGAAGCAGCUCCUCCCAGGAUAUUCCUAUCAGGUCCAGUUGGCCACUAAGCAAUCUCUGAUUGCAGCUGAAUCGUGCAGCAUCACACUGGACUUGUGGAAGGGGGGCGUGGCCAGCAGCCUGGGCGGCUACCUGGGAGUGACCUGCCACUUCAUCACUGCCGAUUGGCAGAUCCAGUCCGCCCUCCUCGCGUGCAUACCUCUUGUCGGGAACCAUACGGCUCAGCAGGUUCUGUCGGAGUGUGAUGAGAUCUCCCACGCCCAUGGCAUCAUGGGGAAAGUCUUCCGGGUCGUAGCGGAUGCCUCCCCCUCUGAGAGCCGCGCCAUGUUCCGCCUUCCUGGCUUUUGCUUGCAUGGUGGUGAGCAAGAUGAGGAAGAGGAAGAGAGCAGCGACGAGGAUGUCAUGGUUGGAGAGGCUAGUGAGGCCGGGCGGGCAGGUGUGGUGGAUAGCUCUCUGGACCUGUGUUUCGGCGCUCAUCGCAUUGACUGUUUUGCACGUUCCUUAGGACUGUGUGUGCGUGAAGGCCUGCGUACCUCCCCUCAACUCUCCAUAGCCCUCACCAAAGCAGCAUGCCUCUACAACUAUGUGACGGCAACUGUGGCACCUGAGAAACUUGGCCAGGCUUAUGGGACAGAUGACCCGGUCAUUAGGGAUGCUCUCAACAGAGAGAGGGGCUGGAACUGCCAGCUGAAGACGGUACGACGCUUGCUGGAGUCGGCCGAAUUUCUAGAGGACGUGGUUGACCGGCAUGACCUCACACUCACUAGCUUCGAGAAGGCGGUGUUGAGGGAGCUGGUGGAGGUUCUUGAACCGUUUGAAGAGGCCACGGAUAUGGUGCAAGGAGACAAGCAUGUGUCUAUUAGCCUGGCAGUACCGUGCGUGCUGGGCCUACGCAAGCACCUCUCAGAGACCGCGACUCGUCAGUGCACCGGCAUUCUGGUGGGCCUGGCCCAGUCUCUGGACCGCAGACUGUCAGGCAUCCUGGAGGACCCUCUGUAUGUGACAGCCACUGCCCUGGACCCCCAGUUCAAGCUGACCUGGAGCAGCGACACCGAGAGGCACAGGCAGGUGCUGCUGAAGGAAGUGGCCAAGCACAUCCAGGUGAGGAGUCCCCAGGAGCCCAGCCAAGAGCCCACACCGCCGCCAUCCAAGCGCAGCAAGCUCUUCUCCUUCAUCAAGCAGCGUCCCGCCUCCCAGGCCAAGAGCAUUGAGCAGGAGUUGGCGACGUAUCUCCUUGAGGAGCCCACCGAAGAGGACUCGCUGCACUACUGGAAGCGAAAGGCUACUGACUUUCCCCAGCUGUCCCAGGUGGCUAAGAAGGUGUUCACAGUACCAGCCACCACCACCCCAGUUGAGAACAUUUUCAAGAAUCUAGGGAAGAUCCUCAGGCCCGAGAGGUGCAGGCUUUUGCCAAAAAACCUGGAGACUCUUAUAUAUUUAAAGGCCAAUUACCGGUUACUUUGGACUUAGAUCAGGACUGGAAAGCUUCCGGGUGACCAGUGCUAAGGCUGUGUUGGAUGUGAGGAAGCGUCAGCAUUUGUACUGUAUCAUGGUUCCUAGUUAAUCUUCAAAGCACUGGCAGAAACACUAUGACUCAAAGGUACUUCACACUCUUUGUCACCACUUGACUGGAAUGGCUGUCAAAGUUAAAAUAUCCCAAAGAAAACUAAAUGCCUUUUUCUGUUAAUUCAUAUAUAUUUAUACUCAUGCAUUAUAGACGAAAAACAAGGUUUUGGUAGCUGAAUUAGAUUUUCUAUUAUUCUAAUUGCAAAUGUAGGUCCCAGUUUAUAUUCUGUUUCGCAGUAUUAAGAAUCUGAUUCUGGAAGCACUUGAGUUUUAUGGAUGACUCUGUGAAAACAAGCAUUAAUUUAAACAGAUAAAUGAUCUCUGAGGCUUUGGAAUGUUGCGUAUUAACAGAUAAUUGCUUUUAGCUACUUCCACCGGGACUUCUUGCUCUACCUCUACGAAACAUUAGGCUCAAAGCAUGUACACAGUUAUGUUGAGAAAGUGAAUGGCCAUUUUUCACCUUUAAAUAUUUACGUUAGACUUAAAGAAAUCGUUUAAGUUGCAAAUUUUUAAGUUUUUAUUUAAUGGAAAAAAUUGAAAAGAUUGAAAAGAAAAGACAGUUUGUUUGACAUCAGUGGUUAAGUGCUUUGCUGUUGAAUUUCCCCUGCAUUCUCCUCUUUUAUUAUAUAGUACUAGAGCUGAGUAAACCUUGGAACCUUG